AUGAAGAUCAUUGUGGUGCCUUUAUACCAUCACUACCAUCAAACCAUCUCCUGGGCCCUGCAUUAUAACCGAUCAUCUAUACCAGUGGGUGUGGAAGUUCAAGAGAGUCUUCACACUAUCUCUGAAGCUGAUAUGGACUUCAUAAUGGCUCUGUAUGUGCAGCAUUAUUGGAAAGAUGAGUAUCUGUCUUUCCCAAGAAGCAGCAACCAGAGCAUGACCUUUGACAGCAGGCUAGUGAAGAAGAUCUUGGUGCCUGACAUGUUUUUUGUUCUCUUCAAAAGGUCUUUCAUUCACAGUACAUCCACAGACAACGUGAUGUUGCAGAUCUAUCCUGACUGCAAUGUGCUCUGUAGCUUGCAAGUAACAGUCACUGAAAUGUACAUCAUAGACCUGAGUCGUUUUCUCUUGGACACCCAAAUCUGCUGUCUCGAAAUAGAGAGCUGUGUGUAUGCUGCUGCUGACCUCAUGCUGUGCUGGCAGAAUGGAAAUGAGUCUUUGAACACCGACAGGAUCUUACUGUCCUGGUUUCUCUUUUAGAAGUUACAAACUACAAAGCUGGCUUUCCACAGCAUCACAGGCUGGUAUAAUCGGCUGUACAUCCACUUCACCCUCCGGCACCAUAUCUUAUUUUUCCUGCAGCAGACGUACUUCCCUGCCACUCUCAUGGUCAUGCUGUCAGAUCAUGCUAGGUAUCAUGAUGGUUCUAAUAAUGCCUCCAUGCCGCUCAUGUCCUACAGCAAAGCAGUGGACCUCUAUAUAAAUAUUCCCUAUUCGGCAUCAUUUAUUGGUCCAUCUACUCCUAAGAAGACAGAGUCAUUGGAGACCACCUCGUUCAGCUGGAACUGCAAAAGAUCCUGA